AUGAGCCAAGUCAGUGCAGGGAGGAAAAACCGCGUCCUUGUUGGAGCCAUCGGCCUCGCUGUCGCCCUGCAGUCAGGGACCCGGCGUGCGCGCUGGCUGACUCAGGCACUGCGGCCUUUCGUGGGGCUGCGAGAUGACGGGGCCGGGGCCCUGCGGCAGCAGCGGCGCAUGAAGCAGGCGGUGCAGUUCAUUCACAAGGACUCCGCGGACCUCCUCCCUCUGGACGGGCUGAAGAAGCUGGGCACUUCGAAAGAUACCCAACCGCAUAGUAUCCUGCAGAGGCGCCUGAUGGAAACAAACUUAUCAAAACUACGAAGCGGCCGAGGCACCUGGGCUCCCAAGAACGAUAUCCCCGGUAAGCCGAGUCAGACCCAGCCGGGCAGCCCCGGGAGGACGGAGGAGGAGGAGCUCAUCGUGGUGAGCUGCCAGUGUGCCGGCAAGGAGCUGAAGGCCGUGGUGGACACCGGCUCGCAGUUCAACCUCAUCUCGUCCGCCUGCCUCGACCGGCUGGGGGGGGGUUUUCCGUUUUCACUGUGCAGGUUAUCGGAGCACCUCAAGGCCUUCAGCAGUGACGAGGAGAGGGUUUCGCUGCCGCACGACGUGCGGGCGAUCGGCCGGGUGGACGGGCUGGUGCUGGCGCUGGGAGCCGUGUCCGUGGAGUGCGCCGCCCUCGUCGUGGAAGACAAUGAGAAACCCUUUUCCUUGGGGCUGCAGACGCUGAAGUCCCUGAAGUGUAUCAUCAACAUGGAGAAGCAGCACCUGGUCCUGGGGCAGGCCGGCAGGGCAGAGAUCCCUUUUGCGGAGGGCGACGCGGCGGCGGCGGCCGAGCGCGAGGAGGAGCCUAGCGGGAAAGGCUCCUCGAGGGAUUUGCUGCAGAGAAGUGAUUUAGCCGUGGAAAUGCUGCUGCUUCCACUCGCCGCAGAAGAGCUCCGAGAAGGUCACGCUGAUGAGGGGAAGGGCGCUGCACGGCCACGCGUUCAGCUCCUUGCUUUGCCCUCCCGCACCGAGGCCGCGCCGGGCACCCGCCUGGAUCUCGCUUGA